AUGGACACUACCGCCUGGAGCCCCACGACCGCCGUCACCCAGGCGCCCCUCGCCCCGCACGAGCGCAUCCGCAAUGCGGCCGACAUCUCCGUCAUCGUCAUCUACUUCGUGGUGGUCAUGGCCGUCGGGCUGUGGGCUAUGUUUUCCACAAACCGUGGGACCGUCGGAGGCUUCUUCCUGGCAGGACGGAGCAUGGUGUGGUGGCCGAUUGGAGCGUCUCUCUUCGCCAGUAACAUCGGAAGCGGCCACUUUGUGGGGCUGGCCGGGACGGGAGCAGCGGCAGGCAUCGCCACCGGGGGCUUUGAGUGGAAUGCCCUGAUUUUGGUGGUUGUGCUGGGCUGGGUGUUUGUCCCCAUUUACAUCAAGGCUGGGGUGGUGACGAUGCCAGAGUACCUGAGGAAGCGAUUCGGAGGCAAACGGAUCCAGAUCUACCUCUCCAUUCUGUCCCUGUUGCUCUACAUUUUCACCAAGAUCUCGGCAGACAUCUUCUCUGGGGCCAUCUUCAUCAACUUGGCCUUGGGCCUGGAUCUGUACCUGGCCAUCUUUCUCUUAUUGGCCAUCACCGGCAUCUACACCAUCACAGGGGGCCUGGCGGCUGUGAUUUACACGGACACCUUGCAGACGGCCAUCAUGCUCGUGGGGUCUUUCAUCCUGACUGGGUUUGCUUUUAACGAAGUGGGAGGGUACGAGGCCUUCAUGGAAAAGUACAUGAACGCCAUCCCGACCAAAGUUUCUGACGGGAACAUCACCAUCAAGAAGGAAUGCUACACCCCCAGGAACGACUCCUUCCACAUCUUCCGAGACCCCCUCAAGGGAGACCUGCCGUGGCCUGGCCUCAUCUUCGGGCUGUCCAUCCUCGCCCUGUGGUACUGGUGCACAGACCAGGUCAUCGUGCAGCGCUGCCUGUCCGCCAAGAACAUGUCCCACGUGAAGGCGGGCUGCGUGAUGUGCGGGUACCUGAAGCUGCUGCCCAUGUUCCUCAUGGUGAUGCCGGGCAUGAUCAGCCGCAUCCUGUACACAGAAAAAAUUGCCUGUGCCCUCCCCUCGGAAUGUGAGAAAUAUUGCGGCACCAAGGUUGGCUGUACCAACAUCGCCUACCCGACCAUGGUGGUGGAGCUCAUGCCCAACGGGCUGCGAGGCCUGAUGCUGUCCGUCAUGCUGGCGUCUCUCAUGAGCUCCCUGACCUCCAUCUUCAACAGCGCCAGCACCCUCUUCACCAUGGACAUCUACACCAAGAUCCGGAAGAGAGCAAACGAGAAAGAGCUCAUGAUCGCAGGAAGAGUGUUCAUCCUGGUGCUGAUUGGCAUCAGUAUCGCCUGGGUGCCCGUCGUGCAGUCCGCACAGAGUGGGCAACUCUUCGACUACAUCCAGUCCAUCACCAGUUACUUGGGACCCCCCAUCGCUGCCGUCUUCCUGCUCGCUAUUUUCUGCAAAAGAGUCAAUGAGCAGGGAGCCUUCUGGGGCCUGAUCAUAGGGUUUCUGAUCGGGGUGUCCCGCAUGAUCGCCGAGUUUGCCUACGGAACCGGGAGCUGCAUGGAGCCUAGCGAGUGCCCCACCAUUAUCUGCGGCGUGCACUACCUGUACUUCGCCAUCAUCCUGUUUGUCGUGUCCAUCAUCAUCAUCCUCCUCGUCUCCCUCUUCACCAAGCCCAUCCCCGAUGUGCACCUCUACCGCCUGUGCUGGAGCCUGCGCAACAGCAAAGAGGAGCGGAUCGACCUGGAUGCCACCGAGGAGGAUGUUGUCGAUGAAGCCCCAGAGGAGACCUUUGAAAUAGAGGCUCCCGAGGAGAAGAGAGGGUGCUGCCGGAAGGCCUACGACAUGUUCUGUGGCCUGGACCAGCAGAAGGGCCCCAAGAUGACCAAGGAGGAGGAGGCCGCCAUGAAGCUGAAGCUCACCGACACGUCCGAGAAGCCGCUGUGGCGGACCGUAGUGAACAUCAACGGCAUCAUCCUGCUGGCCGUGGCCGUCUUCUGCCACGCCUUCUUCGCCUGA